UACUUAAAAUCAGGAGUUUAUUUACCACAGGUAAAAACCAAUAAGAUCAGAACUGGAAUAGUUUGAUCGUUGGAAAUAUUAUAAACUUUUUGACAAAAAUUGUUGCUCCUUUAUUUGAAUGUGUUUCAAUAUUGAUAUUUGAGCGUUUAAAAGGAAAUUCUGACGGAAUCGCAAUGUUUGUAGAAGUUUUGAACACGGUCGAGAUAUGAGGUUAAUUCGAAAUAUCAACGUUGGUUUGUUUGCUCGAUAGAUAUUCGGUAGUGGAAUGAUAUAGGGAUUUCAAUAACAGGUCACAAUAAUCAGCGAUUGUAGUCUUUUAAUUUUGAAAAUACGGAAUAUACGUGGUGUUUUAAGUUAAACUGUGAUAACAUUUAAUAAAAAGUUAUAAGCUCUCGAACGAAAAAGACCGUGGUUGGAAUAAAAGAUGACGGCUGAAGACGGCUUUGGGAACUGGAGACUCGCUCGAUCAAGCAGGGCGAUGGUUCUUCUUAUAUCUACGGCCGGUUAAUGGACUUAUUGUUAUAAAAGAUAUACGAAACAUUCCAUGAAACCCUAAACUUAGGAUACGAGGAAUAAAUAACGAUUUUGAUGAAUGCAGAUUGGAAUAUUAUGUAAAUGAUCUGCUAUUUGAGUUUUGUCGUCUGCUAUGAGUUUGUGUGGAUUAACGGAAUGCCUCAAUGGCGACGGAGGAUGAUACGUUAACAGUAGUUCUAUUUUUGAUCUCAUCCUUUGCACUCGUAUUAAAUAUUCUAUCCUCCAUUGUUAAAUUGUGUAGAGAUUUUUCGAACCCAAAGCUUUGGAGGUAUUCAUUACUCUAUCAAAAUAUCGCAUAUUGUUUUCUGUCUAUAGGGCUUAUUGCCUUAUGCGCGUUCUUGUAUUUUGACGUCAAACAGUUGUGUGACACUGCGGGAUUCUGUUUGCUUUUUGGAUUAUUUCAAACUUCCUUGGCUUAUCUCACCACUGGAAUUAUAUUAUUAAGCAUUCAAAAUCCAGGAAAACCCUCGUCACUCACAAAAUUUCAUCGAAACGUGGUCAUCGUUAUCAUCGCACCGGAAGUUGUUAUCGGCGCCGUCAUUGCAUCACUACCGUUCGUCUCCAGUGCGUUAUUUGACACCAACGACGACUUUGACGUCACGUGUUUUCCUGUACGCGACCACGGACAGCAGGGAGCGGCAUUUGGAACGCUUCUCGUCGCCAUCUGGUGGAUUAUUUUAGCCGCUAUCAUCAUUUGUGAUAUAAUUCUGGUGUUAAAGUUGUGGAAAUUUAAUAACCGCGUCAACUCGGCUCAAAAUAACGUUUGGCAAAGCCAGUUAAUCGCCCAAGGAAAGACCCUGAUCAAAGUUUUGCUGAUAGAUCACAUAGCGUUUGUGCUGGUCAUUUUGUCAAUAACCGUCGCCAUUUACGUUGACCUGACAUUUUUCAAGGUAAAUCAAACAUGGAUUGUAACGACGUCUCUCGCGUUGACGUCAACACUUCACGGCGUCUUGUCUAACGUCACUGACGUCAUGUGGACGGCGUGCUGCUGCCGUUACGGCGGUGUGGUGAAGGAACCACACCGGAAGUUGAAGAAACUUGAGCUAAUGAAAAUUGAGGCACCGGGGAAACUGCGUAUGAAGGCGACGUGGACGGUUGGAAAACACGCAACCAAGCGGGGCAUGAUGAAGGUAUACGGAGUGGACCACCUAAAGUCCUGGGCCCAGGAAAUCGUUAUGCUGGGCAUGUUGCGGCGGACCCAGCAUCCAAGCCUCAUCCAGUGUCUUUGGACCAACAGCUCCAACCCUUACUACGAGACAAUGACCCUUAUAUCUGGGGAUAUUAUUACCAGUGAUUCCAGGAUAAUCUGCCUUGAGAUGACGAACGGCGGCUCGCUGCAAGACUUCCUGCAGAAGUGCGAACUUCCGCUUCCGGAGCCGUGUCAGCGGAUGAUUGUCCACGACAUUGCGGAGGGGUUGUUCUACUUGCAUCACGAGAACAUUCUCCACAACAACCUUAACACGUCUGCAAUCUACCUCAAGGGCUCUCUACAGAGCAUGGUCCUGCGAGCCGCGAUUGGUGAUUUCGAGGACGCUCAAAUCUAUGGCACACUUCAGCAAAGCUUCGACUCCUCUAUUCGCGAUAAGAAGUACUUCUUCCUUCCCGACAUCCGAUCAUUCGCCCUUAUUGCCUUGGAGAUACUCGGGAAAAUGUGCGAGAAAAAGUUCCAGAAUCGCUACGUCAAUUAUAACACCGAUCAUGUUCCGUUGAAAAUGAACUUAGAGAAUGUGAUUUCGGACGAAGACGAUGAAUUUGAGGCUCAGUAUUGCUACGAUGCGGAAGACACUCAUAGAAUGUUUCAAGCCAUAUCUCCGGAUAAUGAUGAAGAAUCCGAUGAAAGUUAUGAAAGUGAUGCGAGUGAAAAUGACUUUGAAGCAAUACGGCAAACUCAAGGCUCCAUGGCAAACUUAAUGGAUCGCAGUAGACCCAUGUCCCCCGUUUCAUAUAGUGGAAGAAAUCUUGGUACGCCUGAGAGUGUGAAAUUGUCAAAUGAUUACAUCGAAGUAGAUUGUGAGAUUGUUAAAUAUAAUGCAAAAGACAACUUAAAGCAAAUGGUUAGACCAAUGUCGCCAAAAGUGAGACCAAUGUCGCCAAAAGCGAAACCCCGUUCGCCAAAACAAUCGAAAACCGGUGCUAACGCUGGUAUACGUAAGGGUCCAGAGGUAUUGGAGCCAAAACCAGAAAGGCCUAAAGCAAAGGCAACCUCUCGUAAAGCUAGAAAAGGCAUUAGCAAAUCAUCGGAGGAUAUUGUUCAAAGAGAAGUGCUAGACUCCAUGCAACAACGGUCUGUUUCUACAGGCCAAGUGGCCAAGGACUCUAAUCGUUGUGUGUCCCCUGAUCCCAUGAUGGACGAAAGGCUGCAAGAGCUAAGAAAUGCUGCUAAAAGUAACAGUAAAGACGGCAAGAAAGACCGAAAGUUUUCUUUCCGUCGUAAGAAAAGUGAAGAAAAUGUUAUGCAAAAAGAGGCGUUUGUUCUUACAACUCAGGAACAGGAAGGAAAGCGUAAGGAUGGGAAGUGGUUGUCAAAACCAACCUCCAUUUUGAAAUCUAUUACCGGCAACGACAACACGGUGUCUGUGUUUAAAGCAAAAACCAACGAUGAAGAGAAUCAUUUAGAUGCCAUAGAAGAAGAGGAUAUACAGGGAGGCCAAACUUUUGUGAAUAAUCCACCGAUUAUUCGAACAAAAGAGAAACAAAAGGCUGAAGUGUGGGAUAUUAUUGAUGAACAGUAUUAUAAACAAGUGAAUAAAAAGGCCAUAAACAAGCUAAAGAAAACUAUAUCAAGUGAAUCCAAAUCGAGUCUUUGGUCAUUCAUUUCCACGGCAGAAGAUUUGGAUGAUGAUGACCUUGAUGAUAUUCUAGAAUGUCUACCAGGUAUGACUGAACCAGAGGAGUUCCGUAAAAGCGAGAUAAAAGUGAGCGAGAUAAUUGCUGAGAGAGAGAAAGCAACCCGGGCAGCUGAAACCAAGAAACGGUUCACUCUCGCAGAUCUCAACAAAUCAAAAUUUGAACUCAUUGACUACUAUGACAUGCUGAAAACAAAGCAGAUCACUAUCCAUGAUGUUCCCGAGGAUAAACGUGAAAUGCUCUUAAAUGUUGUUGAGUUAAAGAAAGAGGAAAAGCUUAAACGGGAGGGAAGGUUUGUUCCACCUACUGUGUUAAAAAGUGACGAACUCUAUGACAAUAACAUGAGCCCAGGAGGAGCUAUGGUGGAUACUACAAGUGGUGGAAAAGUGAAACUUGUGAGUUUCAGACAAAAUCAGACUAAUUCCUCCCCUCAAAGAGCUCCUACAGAGCCAGUAAAGGGCAUGAGAGCAAUGUCUGCGCCUCUGAAGCGACCAAGAACCCCUUUGCACAAGCCGCAAUCGGCUCAGAAUGUUUCAAAAACACCAGAGGUGAAUCCAGCAUUUACUGAUACGCGAGCAAUAACUGUUGCAAAACGAAACAAAGCGCGGGUCGCUCUGAAACGGGCACUCAAUAACAAAGGUGCUCAAAGUUUUCGUGACAGAAAUGAAAGAGACAGGGAACGUGUACAAAACUCGACAGGAGAUUUAUCUGUGAAAUACGCAACCAUACGCAAAAUAAGUGUUAACGGUGCUGAAGGUGAAACUGACACUGAUACAAGUGAAGUAGUAACUGUUCCAGUGCCUACUAGUGACAGUUUCUCCUUCACAAACUCUAAACCAGUGCUAAACACCAAAGAUGUGAAAAGGUAUCAUAGUUUCAGCAGUAAUGAAAGUGGCAGUAGUGGGGUAUCCUUAACUCGGACUAGAAAUCCGGAUAUCUCAUUUACAAGUGGUGAAGCUUCUUCAUUAUCGUCUCAAGCUGAAAGCGAUCAUUAUGAGACGGAUAUGGAAACUGUCAGUAAGGCGUAUAACAAAGGAAACAAAAACCUUGUUAAAGGACCCUCUUCUCGCGUGGAUAGUGGGUUUGACAGUGGUUCAAUGAGCAGUGAAAUGUCAGAUGCAUUUAUGAAUAGGAACAAACAUUUGAAUACACAUACACCCAUUAAUCACAAUAAAGGAGUAUUAAAUUCAUGGGCAAGAAAUUAUAAGCCGGUUGACAGUUUGCCAAAUUCUCCGUAUAACUUUUCAAAUAAAUUUAUCCCUCCUGCAAAGAACCAUCAUAGUGGACAAGAAAAGAUUAAAUCAAACGUUAAAAUUGUGAGUUCAAAAGAAAGUGUUCAAAAGGACGUCUUUGAUAACAGGAGUGUAGAUAGUGGGUUUUCACAUAGUGCGAAAUCAAAGAAACAUGAAUCGCCGUAUAUGAAGUCGGAAAACAACCAACGUGGACGUAAACGCAACGUUAAGAAAAAUCAGGAUAUCAGAUCCUUAAACAUGUCGCCUGUGGGUCGGUCACGAUCUCCAACCACGUCCAGGCCAUUGUCGCCUCCAAGCAGACCACUUUCACCGUCAUCAUAUCGUCCAUUGUCACCAGACGCACGUCCAAUGUCUCCAAAUUCAUGUCAAAUGUCACCUUCCACGCGACCAAUGUCACCAAAUGUUCGACCAACAUCACCCAUUAGUCGUCCUUUGUCUCCCAAUAUCCGCCAUACCGAGGUCAGACAGUCAAGGUACGACAAGAGAUCAAUGUCUCCACCAGCUCGUGUGAUGUCGCCCUCACCAAGUAUAAAGCCUACCAAAUCCGGCGAUUCGUCGUUUGCUCCAGGUAGAAAACUUAUAAAGCCACCAUCACCUGCUCCUCAUCACAGAGCAAAAAGCAUGGACGCUGUCGAUCGCUCAAUGCAACACAGUGGAGCGUCGAUGCGUGGUAGAUCGUUAUCACCCCCACCCGUCACUAUUAACUCGUCUGAAGACUCGUCUGCAUCCAGGGCCUCAAAACGAUACAGAGAGCUUGUGAAGCAAGGCGUGCCGAUGCGGACUUCGGUCGUCGAAGCCAGUCCAACAAGAGAAGGUAACCCUGACCUAAGAAUAGUCGAAGAUACUGAAUCUAGACCUGGAACAGCAGAUAGCGUUUCUGGAAGACCGUUUACGGCCGAAGAGUUGUAUGAAAACCUUGAAGCUAAUGGGUUCUUUAGUAAUAGACGUCGGAGCAGAAGCCCAGCUAAAAGUGCUAGUCCAAGCAGAAGCAUGAGUCCCGGGACGGACAGCAAUGGUCAAGCUGAUAGAAGGAAAGACAAGCGGAAGCAAAAGCAAUUAUCGCUGGAAGAAUUAGUCCGAGAAAAGCCUAUCAGUGAACGCAAGUCCAAAGCAACUGCUCACCGGUCAGCGAGCAAGAAUCAUCUUGCGGUCUCUGAAGAGGCCUACCUUAACCAACCUUUGACAUCGGAGGAGUCGGAAACAUGUAGUAUCAAAACGAACAAAAGUACGAACUCCGUACACUCGGGAGCAAAACCGAAAGUCAUGGUUGACGCAGAAAUGGUGAUUGAUAGAAUCUUCUCUCAGAACCAACCGGAAACUUAUGAGAUUGAUGUAGAAGUGGAAGCGGCGCUUGGCCUUGACAAGGACCCGUUUAAAUCUGUGAAUGAACUAUACCUGAAUGACAAAAGCCCGGAUACCACAGAUCUUGACAACAUUCCUCUUCUGAACGGCGUGAACCAAAGACACAUCCAUGGCUGCCUGGAGCUUGUUUCCGGUCUGCAUGUGAUCACUGUGCGGGAUUUACUUCCGGCGAGCAAAGAUAGUUUUGAAACACUCAGGAACAAACUACAACAAGUCGGGCAGCUAGGAACAGUGGGAAAACAGCUACUGGAUGUGAUACAAAAAUGUUGGCUGAUGGACGUUCCGCCUUCCUCCGGGGACCUUGUAGAGCAACUGACCGACCCGGUCACGGAGACAGAGUUAUAGAUCCACCCCUCUCGGAGACUCGUACUUCCCCGAAAUACCCUGCGACUUUCAUCCGAAGACCUUGCUGGGCAACUGACUGACCCCGUCACUGAAACAAAGCUCUAACUCCACGCCUCUCCUACCCUUCCAGUAUACUCUGCAGCUUUCAACCGAGGACCUUGCUGGGCAACUGACCGACCCCGUCACUGAGACAAAGUUCUAGCUCCACGCCUCUCCUACCCCUCCAGUAUACUCUGCAGCUUUUAUCCGAGGACCUUACUGGGCAACUGAUCGACCCCGGUCACUAAGACAAAGCUCUAGCUCGACCUCUCUCCUACCCUCCCAGUGUACCCUGCAGCCUUCAUAUGGGGACCUUGCUGGGCAACUGACCGACCCCGGUCCCAGAGACGGAACCGUUACCCUACCCCAUGUUCCCCCAGUGGAGGUUUCAGGAUUUGUCGUUAGAGGAGAGUAACAGGGGGCAAAACCUUUUGACUUGCGCCCUGUUUUGAAAAGGGAGCAACAUAUUGGCCCCGUCACCGUAACAGAGCUGUUUGCCCAACCUGUACAAUGCAAUUAUAUUUCAAUGUUUUACCUACAUGAGGUUUUUGGCACACAAAAUAUGCAUUUAUAAUUGAUAUGCCUGGUAACUCUAUCUAAUAUUGGUGUCGUUUGAAAUGAUUUUAAUUACAACAUAUACAACGCCCACCAAACAAAUUUAAAGCAUAGCUUUAAUGACAUUACAUUAUUGAACAAUUGGUUAUUCGCGUUUAUUUAAAGUUGAAAAUUAAACCGAAUUAUGUACCUCAAAAUUGCAUCUCCUCUUUUUUCUUCUUCUAUUGUGUUGAUGUCAUUUUGGGUUAUUUAAGUACAUAUUAUUAAUUAGGAACUAGACUCCUUUCAAGCGACAGCAAUGUUAUAUCGGAUCACCAGCCAUAAUUAAAAUACCAUCAAUGGGGCUCUAAGAUUACCAUAUGUAGUGAAUUUAUUUCAUGCGUCGACUCAAAUUAAUCAAUAUUUUUACUAUAUUUUGUUUAACUGGGGUUGUAGGAAAAACAUCUAACAUGACCGCUCGUGUAAGAUAGGUUCAUCCCAACCCUCGCGCAGCGUGUUUUGCGAAAACUCGGCAAACCUCGUUUCCGCAAAAUAAGCUACGCUUGGGAUGAGAUGAAUCUCUCUUACACUCUCGGCCAUGGAAGUCAUUUUUAAUCCUCAAUAUAUUUCCGUCUGCUACAUAACUGUUUUUUCACUGUUUAAAUGAAAUGGCAUGACGCCUCAUUAUCUAAUUUAAAAUGUGCUGUACCGGAGACCGUACCUGUAUGUAAAUAAUCAGUUUGUACAUAGUAGGAAAUUAGCUAUUCAUUGGAAACCGUAGUUUUAUUUAAGAGAAAGUUAUAUUGUGUGUCAUGAUGAAAACAUUUCAAUAAUUCUCAACGUGGUUGAGACAACCAUAUUGUGAUAUCAGGUCUAUAUAUCACCCAUAUUGAGAUAUCACAUUUAUAAAUCAACCAUUGUGAUACUAAAUUUAUAAAUAAACCAUUGAGAUCUCACAUUUAUAUAUCAAACAUAUUGUGAUAUCAUGUUUAUUUAUAUCAAUCAUACUGUGAUAUAACAUUUGUAAAUCAAACAUAUUGUGAUAUCACAUUAAUAAAUCAACCCUAUUGUGAUAUCACAUUUAUAAAUCAACCAUAUUGUGAUAUUACAUUUAUAAGCCAAGCAUAUUGAGGUAUCACAUUUUUAUAUAUCAACCAUAUUGUGAUAUCACAUUUAUAAAUAAACCAUAUUGUGAUAUCACAUUUAUAAACCAUUGUGAUAUCGCAUUUAUAAAUAAACCAUUGAGAUAUCAUAUUUCUAAAAAAUCUAUUGUGAUAUCACAUUUAUAAAUACACCACUGUGAUAUCCUAUUAUAGAUAAAUCAUUGUGAUAUCACAUUUACAAAUAAACCACUGUGAUAUCCUAUUAUAGAGUAACCAUUGUGAUACCACAUUUAUAAAUAAACCAUUAUGAUAUCCUGUUUAUAAAUGAACCAUUGUGAUAUCACAUUUAUCAAUAAACCAUUGUGAUAUCACAUUUAUAGAUACGCAUUUACCUUUUCUUUUUAUUUAUUGUUACUUAUUACAGAUGUUUGCACGUUUUUCACAUAACGAACAGGACAAAAUGCCAAAGAUUCUUUAAUACUUUCUAUCCAGGUUUAGUGCAAGUAGAUAUUUAUUGUUUUGCAUUGUUGUUUCCACAAAUUGUUAUUUGCUUGACAUUUGCAUUUAAAGACCGCUGUAUAUUUACGUGAUAAGUAUAUUAUAAUAUGUUCAGGUCGUGUUAAUACUGUUAAAGCUGCACUGUCACAGAUUGACCAUUUUUAUAUAUUUUUUUUUUUUUUGUCUUGGAAAGAGCAAAUUUUUGAGUAAAUAUCUGCAAACAAAUGAUAUAAGAUUGCUGACAAAAGAUCAGAUCGCAGUUUUUUCCUCUUUACAACUACAAUUUUAAUCUAAACAGAAACAACAGGCUCAGGUUGUUAUAAAAUAGGAAAAAACUUAUGUUUAAAUGUGAUUGAAAUUAAAAUCAAAUUUAUGUUUUAAUCGAUUUUUAAAAGUAGUUUUAAAAUUUUAUUUCGAUAAAUAUUGAGACAUGCUCUUUUAACAAAGUAAGAAUUUUUGAACAUACAGUAUAAGUAGUUGGUUUCGGUGUUGAGGUUUAAAUAUUCAUGUUUCAAUUACAAUUCGCCAUCAAUCCUAUAUGUUUAUUGUUUAUCAUACAAUUCAAUGUUAAUACAAGCAUUUCUGUGAUAAACUAUGUAUUUCACUUUCUGAUUCAUCUGUGAUAUUAGCCCUGUUAUUGAAUAAAAAGUUGCCAUCUUUCACCUUGUAAAAUGAUAUUGUUUAUCCAGCGACCGUUGAUUUAUUUUUAUUAAAGACAGAACAUCGCUC